CUCCCUUCCUCCCAUCUCAGCUCCAGCCUCAAAACUUCCUCAGAAAAGGCGCCUCUCAUCUUCCCGCCAAAAGGGCUGGCUCCGCCCCCGCCUCUCUGGGUAGCCAAUCAGAGAGAGCAGUUCCAGCCCCCUGGUGGCGUUUCUGAGGGACUGCAGCUCCAGACUCGCCCGGGCUCAGCUCUGUCUCUCUCUCUCUCCCCCCCGCCCCCCUUAGCAUUGCCUCCUUGCUCCUUUCUGGAUCUGUGCCUUGCAGGUGGGGCUGCUCUGAGGGGGGCUGAGCUCUGUCUCCCCUCGAGCCGGAAAGGCGCCUGGGACUCAUUGCUGGGGGAGAAGGAAGAGAAGAGGAGAGAAAUGAGGAAAUGGCUCGUAAAAUGCUGCCGCGAGAUUUGUUCCAACGAGAUGUCAUGUGGGUCUUUUAGCAGGGUUAGGAGGAACUGAGCUGGAUUCCUAGAGAGGACCAGGAAGGAAGGCGGGGGCGGGUCCUCCAGAGUCCAGCCCCUUCCUGUCAGAGGAGGCAGCUCUUGUCUCCUCGCAGGCGCCUUCGGCAUCGACGCCUCUAAUUUGGACGGACAAAACUUGGCAGAGGACCAAGGGGAUCCUUCCUGUCUCUUGGAGGCUUCCUUAGAACACACAUGGAUGAGCAAGACUCAGCUGGCCCUGAAGCAGGAAGAGGCCCGGCCAUGGAAACGGGAAGCAGUGCAGGAUUCUGGGAAGGCUCUGGGCAGAAGAUCCUGGGAGAGGAACACACCCUCCGCUCAGAGGUGCAGAGCCAGCAGUUCAGCUGGUUCUGUUACCAGGAGGCCGAAGGACCCCGUGAGGUUUGCAGCCAACUCUACCACCUUUGCCACCAGUGGCUGAAGCCAGAAAGGCACACGAAAGCUGAGAUGCUGGACCUGGUGAUCUUGGAGCAGUUCCUGGCUGUCCUUCCAGCGGAGAUGGAGAGCUGGGUGAGGGAAUGCGGAGCAGAGACCAGUUCCCAGGCAGUGGCCCUGGCCGAAGGUUUCCUCCUGAGUCAGGUGGAGGAGAGGAAUCAGGCGGAGAAGAAGCAGGAAAGGGAUCUGUCUUCAGAAACGGGUCCUGAUUCCUCUGAGGCAGAGAGGACUUCGUUGGACACCAGAGAGAGGCUGCUGGGUAAGGAGGAAGGAGUUUUCCCUCUGUGUGGUCACAUUCUGGAGAUUCUCAAACUACUCUGUGGGUUCUUUCAGUGUUUUGGGGAAGCCACUUGGGGCCCAGAGGCCAAAGGAGAGGAGAUAUAUUUCAGCAUCACUAAAAUAUGAAAUGGGUACAAAGGCCAGAAUGCACCUCGAGAGAAGCAUCCUGCACUCCUGUCUCCCCACUUCCCUUUGUCUCUCGCAGGUGAAAGAAGGAUGCCGGCAAGACCUCCUCCUCCAUCUCUUCAUCCUGGUGGAGGGGAAGCAGCGGCUGAGGAACCGGAUCAGAGCUCAGUUUCUUUUGAAGAUGUCACUGUUUGUUUCACGGCUGAGGAGUGGGCGUUGCUGGAUCCUGCCCAGAGAGCUCUGCAUAAGGAGGUUACAGAGGAGAAUCGUGGUAUCCUGGCCUCUCUCAGUGGUGAUGAAUUAGAAAUUAAGAAUCAGCGAAUCCAUGACAAAAUCCACACAGUGGAGAACCCCUAUCAAUAUGUGGAGUAUGGAGAGAGCUCUCAUUCCUUAUCCCACCCAAGAAUUCCCACUGGGAAGAAGAUGCAUCGGUGCUUGGAAUGUGGGAAGAGCUUCAGUCGCAGCUCUUAUCUCACGGUCCAUCAAAGAUUUCAUAAAGGAGAGAAACCUUAUCAGUGCUUGGAAUGUGGGAAGAGCUUCAGUACAAAGGCCAAUGUCACUUCCCAUCAAAGAAUUCAUGCAAGGGAGAAA